AUGGCUUCGAGUAAGGAGGUGAACACAACAAUGGGAGACAUGGAGAUUAUAAUGCCUACGAGUGUAUCCAUGGAGAAGAUGCAGGCCAAGUUGAUGAUGAUGAGAAUGGGAUUAUAUGUAUCAAUGGAGGAAGAUGGAGGUGAAGUAGAUGAUGAUGAUGAGAAUAACCAAUUCAAAAUAUCUCAAGUUUUAGGACAUUCAUCUGAAAUUACAUUAAAGAGAUCACAGGUUAAGGUUGAAAACAAGAUCAGAGGUCGUAAGCAUUGGGGUUACAUCUCUGGAAAGAAGGUCGCACCUGCAACGAAAACCUCUGAUGAAUAUGAAACUUGGGAAGAUGAGAAUUGUUUGGUCAAGUCUUGGCUUCUGGAUGCAAUGACAAAAGAUGUUAAGUCGCUUUUCAUCCGGUUACCUACACCCAAGAAGAUCUGGGAAUCGGUCAAGGAGACUUACUUUGUCAAUCAAGAUGCAUCAAAGGCAUAUCAGCUUUAUUGUGAGGUAAUAUCUAUUAAACAAGAUGGUGGAUCCGUUGUUACUUACUUUGCAAAAUUACAGAAACUGUGGCAGGAAAUUGAUGCGAUUGAAGAUUGUACCAUGGUGUGCAAUAAAGAUGUUGAGACAUAUACCAACAAACUGAAUGCGCAACGUGUAUACAUAUUCCUAGCAGGACUUGAUUCACACUUGGAUGGGGUACGUGGUUGA